CAUUUUGCGGUUUUUCAUUGCGAAAAUCUUAAAAAAUGGCUAAAUCGGAAGAAACUAUAAAACCGGAUUUGAAUUUAUUAUCAACUGAUAAUCCUGUAUUUUGUUGUUAUUGUUUUUGGACCAGUAUUUUGAUAAUAAAAAUGUUAAUGAUGUCAUUAUUGACGGCAAUGAGACGUUUUAAAAAGAAGUCUUUCGUUAACCCUGAAGAUUUGGCCUUAAAUAAAGUAUCUGAGCCAGUACUUAAUGAUCCAGAUGUAGAACGCGUAAGACGAGCCCAUCUCAAUGAUCUAGAGAAUAUUGUGCCCUACUUGUUGAUUGCCUUGGCCUACAUAGCAACAGGACCCAAGCCACUGGUGGCACGUUUGCUAAUUCGUUUUGUGGCCUUAUCACGCAUCAUACACACGUUGGUUUAUGCAUUUCGACCUAUACCGCAGCCAAUCAGAGCGAUAGUGUUCUUUUUAGCCUUUGGUAUUACUCUCUUUAUGGCGUUUUAUGUGCUGAUCAAAACCAUUGUGUAUAUUUAAGUAAUU